AUGGCGUCUGCGAAUGACUCGGUUUUUUUGCGUCGGAACAAUCAGGUCCAGGAUGCGAUUGACGGGCAGAAUCUGAAGCAGGCGCUUCAGUUGGUCGAAAAGCGCAUGAAGAAAGGCGAGGACACAAGGUUCCUGAGAGCUUGGAAAGCGCAUAUCCUCUUCCUCCAUGCAGAUGAUGCUCACAAGCAGCGAGGAAUCGCCGAAACCCUCGAGCUGUGUGCCGCCGAGCCCCCUACUACCGACCUCGAAACGUUGGACAAGCUCUUCCAAACCCUGCAGAGGCUGGAUGGACAUGGUGCGACCAGGAGUAGUCUGUGGGAGAAGGCCUCCAAGGCAAAGCCGCAGGAUCUCGAAAUCCAGCUGCAAUGGUUUACAACUUCGUUUGAGAGCAAUGACUGGAAGUCAGCGCAGAAGGCUGCAAUGAGUCUUCAGAAGAACUUCCCCAGAGAGAGCGGAAGUAUUACUUCUGGGCCAUCCUGCUCACGCAUCUUCUCGCAACAGAUGCCGCCAGUUCUGAUAUGGAGCGCAAGCUUUUUGGAACAUUGGGGUAUCGGAUGGCCUCAAAAGCAGCUGCGGAUGUUCCUGCAAAUCCGUAUUGAGAAAGCUUACAAGGAACUACAUCAGGCCGAUUUGUUGAGUCACUCGCGCGCAAUUCAGACUUCAGAGGAGCUGCGAUUGCUUAUCAAGAUUUACGAGUCCCAAGACCAGCAUGCCGAAAUUGUCAAAAUUUUGGAUAGCGAAAACCUUGGCCUCAAAUCUCGGCUUAUCCGAAGCGAUAAAAGUUUCCUCAUCAGUAAAGCCACAGCCUUGGCAUCUGCUGGACUGUGGGAAGAAGGUCUAGCUUUUGCGAAAGAUCUUUAUACUGUGUCAGAGGGGAUGAUCAAGAAAAAGCUCCGCGAACUCGAUGAUUGGGGCAUCUGGAGUUUGUUGGUUGAAGCUGUUCGGAACAUCAAAACUCCCGGGAUCACUAUUGAGACACAGAAAUUUGUCGAAGAGUUCAUCAAGGCCUGUCCUAAGUCCCGCAAUGCGGCUCUGGCCUUCAUUGACCUGUCGUUACUCGGAAUGCAGCGGGGAGAGAUGGCUGCGGAAGAAGUUCUCUCAGCUUGCGAGAGAUACGCAGAUCAACACAAGCAUAAGCUUUAUGUCUUCGGCGAUCUACGAAGAGCAUUAGCUGAGAAUAGAACUGCUUUGUCGAAAAUUGCCGACUACCUUUCAAAUGCAAAGAAUGAUGGGAAAGAUACCGUCGUUCCCAUGAUCAACUCUCUCAAAAUUUCCUAUUGCCUUAACAUCUCAGGUGCCGAGGACAGCUCUUCUAAGGACAAGGUUGAGGCAUUUGUCAGCCAGUGUCUGAAACUUUAUCAGUCUUGCAUUAACAAGGGAAGUCCGGAAAAGACCAAGGAAGAGGAAGCGGCUUCUGCCACCGAAAGCCAACCUAGAGAUGAUCUGUGCAUACUUGCUGCUAUGGCUCUCCUUCGUGCAAGUGCGGCUGGCGAGAUCCAAGCGCGGGUUCCAGAUUCGGCUCUUAUUCGUGCCGCUGGCAUCUUAGAACGGCUUCUAGUCGAUUCGCCUCACAACUACCAGGCUCGUUUACUCUUGGUUCGCAUCUUUCUUAUGCUCGGCGCCGGCUCUCUUGCAUUGAGCACAUUUAGCCAGCUAUCAGUCAAGCAGAUACAGUAUGAGUCUGUUGCUCACAAUCUCCUUACCCGCCUCGCAACUAUUCAUCCUCACUCUGCCCCGCCUGUCGAAGGCGCCGAGUACAAGGACUUUGACCCUCAAGCAGCAUUUAUUCAGGCCCUCAACUUCUAUCGUACCUCCGAGGUAUCAACACUCAAAUUCCGCACCCGUUGCAUAGCUGAGGGGAGCUUUGUCAAUGCGGAAGAAAUGGUUCAGCUGCGGGAUCGCCUCAGGAACAGUAUUUGUCGCAAGAUGUUUGCGCUUGAAGUGCGACGCUCGCAAAGAUUGGCUGGAGGAGACCCUAUGGGUCGCUAUGAUGAUAUCGCUCGUAAUGACUCCAUUUCCGUGGACAGCCGAGAUCACGAUGUUUUUAUGAACUGUGAAUACCCAGGGAAACCGUCAUUCGAGGAGAGAAUGCGCGUGGGACCGAUUCCGAAGGAAAACUGGAUGGCCUCUGCCCGGGUGACCGACCAACUAUUCAGCGUGCUGAAGGGUAUCACUCUGCAGAAGCCGUUCACACCGGAACUGGAUGUUCAUGAUUUCUCCAAAUUGAGCAUCUCCGAGGCAGCAGAUGAUCAGACAAUCGCGGAGAAGGAGGCAGCCAAGAUACACACAUUACUACUGAAAGCCGCAGUCUUCAUGGCAGGGUCGAAAGUCACAACCCUUGAACAAGCUGAGAAAGCCCUCGGCGGUGUAGAGGAAUUCCUGGAAUUGAAGAAGAAGGAUUUGAAGCUUGAUUCCACUGAUGUCUCGCCGAUCAUUUCCACCACCGCGUUCUACCUAUCUGAUGCGCCAACUGCGCCCACAUGGAGAUUCUUCCACGCUGUCUUCACACUCCUGGAGACUCUGAAGGCUCUUUCUCAACUCACCAAUCUGGCUUUACGGAAGGGUCCCAAGUCAACCAAAUUUCCCAAAGAGUGUAUUGAUCGGCUUUCGAAUCUGGUCACUGAGGUCUUUGAUCUCGUUCGGGCCAAUGCCAAGGUGCUUAGGAAGCGCGUUUCCGCAUCGGGUGUGCUAAGUGGCUUGGUCGACCUUGUCGGGCAAGGCGAAGUAUCCAACAACUACAGCCAGGAACUUCAACAAACGCUGGAGGCCACCUUGGAUGGAUCCGCAGUCGAGGUGUUCUGCGGCUCGCUGAUGGAGAGCUGGGAAGACGCCCUAGAUGGAGUCAUGGGACCCGAAGGGGUGUUUAGCCCUAGCCCUAAUUAUUCGCCUACCGCACAGCGUGCCAAGACCCGCAAUUGUGCGGUUCCCGUUACUAGGUGGAUUUGCUCACUGGAUUCUUCAUUCCCUUUCUACGACAACCACCGCCAACCUCCCCAGUCACCAACCGUCGAGAUGGCCCAGGAACGCUCCGGAAUUGUGCUCGGCACCAACAGUGGCCACAAAACCACUGCCCUCAACACCCCCAAGACUAAGAUCAGCCGUACCAAGGGCCAGUCUUCCCGCCGCACUCAGUUCGUCCGCGACAUCACUCGUGAGGUCGUCGGUCUCGCCCCCUAUGAGCGCCGCAUCGUUGAGCUGUUGAGGAACGCCCAGGACAAGCGUGCCCGCAAGCUCGCUAAGAAGCGCCUCGGUACUUUCGGCCGUGGCAAGGCGAAGGUUGAGGACAUGCAGCGCGUCAUUGCUGAGUCCCGUCGUGUCCAGGGUCACUAA